AUGCCUAUGAAAAGUUAUAUACCAUACUCUAGCGAAUCACAUUUUCCAAUAGAAAAUUUACCAUAUGGUGUAUUCUCAACUGUCGACGAUUCAACACAUCGAAUAGGAGUUGCUAUUGGUGAUAAAAUUCUGGAUUUAAAAUACUCCAAAAAUGUUUUUGACCAUCCUUUAUGUGAAGUAUUUCAACAGCCAUCGCUUCAAAGUUUAAUGGCUUCAAAUAAGAACACGUGGUCCCAAGCUCGUAAGUCAAUUCAAUCUUACUUAAGUAUUGAGAAUCGUGGCAAUUUGGAAAACGGUGUAUUUUGGGAUCAAAAUGAAGUCAAAAUGCAUUUGCCCACUACAAUAGGUGAUUUUACUGAUUUUUUUUCAUCAUAUUAUCACGCUUACAAUUGUGGUUCCCUUAUGACACCUGAUAAACCCUUAGCAGAUAAUUGGAAAAAUAUGCCAAUUGCAUAUCAUGGUCGAGCAUCAUCAAUUAGAAUAUCCGGUACGCCAGUUGUUCGACCCAUUGGCCAGUAUUUAAAAAACGGACAAGUGACAUUCGGUCCCACAGAAAUGUUAGACUAUGAACUAGAAAUGGCAUUUUUCGUGGGGGGUUCAUUGAAUUCUUUAGGUGAACCAAUACCAACCAACAAAGCUUCAGAUCACAUAUUUGGUAUGGUUUUAUUGAACGAUUGGAGCUCCAGAGACAUACAGAAAUGGGAAUCAUACUUUCUCGGGCCAUUCCUUUCAAAAAGUUUUAGUACAACCAUUUCACCCUGGAUAGUGACAAUGGAAGCUUUAGAAGAAUUCAAAACGGACAACUUUAAACAAGAACUAACGCCAUUGAAGUAUUUACUGCAUGACAUUAAGUACAAUUUUGACAUCAAUUUAAACGCAAGUGUCCGUGACCAAAAAUCACAGCAAACUCAUUCAAUCUGUAACACCAACUAUAAGUACAUGUACUGGACUCCAUUACAACAAAUCGCUCAUCAUACCAUUAAUGGCUGUAAUUUACAACCAGGCGAUUUAUUGUCAUCUGGAACAAUUAGUGGUCCUAAAGAAGAACAGCGUGCUUGUUUGACAGAGAGAACUCGCGGAGGGAGAAUAUUUGUAGACCUAGGUGAAAGAAAGUUGAAAUUUUUUGAAGAUGGCGAUGAAGUAACAUUAUCAGGAUUUUGUCAAGGAAACGGAUACAGAAUUGGUUUUGGCAACUGUAGCAGCCAAAUUCUUCCAGCAAAUAACUUAGCCUAA